GUGGGAGAGGGAGGCGAGCCGACCACUGGGCUGUUGGGCUCCCGCGCCCUCGCGCUCCCCGCCGCCAGCCCAGGCGCAGGCAGGGCGCAGGCGGCGGCGGGCGGCAUGGAGAGCCUGCUGGAGAACCCGGUGCGCGCCGUGCUCUACCUCAAGGAGCUCACGGCCAUCGUGCAGAACCAGCAGAGCCUCAUCCACACCCAGCGAGAGCGUAUCGACGAGCUGGAGCGGCGGCUGGACGAGCUGAGCGCUGAGAACCGCAGCCUGUGGGAGCACCAGCAGCUGCUGCAAGCCCAGCCUCCGCCCGGGCUGGUCCCCCCGUCAUCGGCCCCGCUGCCGGCCGCUCCGGCCGCCUCUCCCGCCGCCGCCGCCGCCAGGGCCCAGGAACCUCUCCAGGACCAGGGACAGCGCUCAGCAGCCGCGCCGCAGCCCGCGCCCGAGCUGCCGCCGCUUCAGCACCACGGACAGCUCCUGGAGCAGCCCCAGCGGGGCCCUGGCAGCAGGGCUCACACACCCCAGUCGCCCCACAAGCAUCUGGGGACACAGGGGACCGUGACUGACAAGGAGAAGGAGCGUCCCCCGAGUUGCUGCGCUGCUGCCGGAGCCCUCCUUCAGCACAAAUCCCCCUCCGCCCUCGGCAAGGGCGUCCUGAGCAGGAGACCUGAGAAUGAGACCGUGCUGCACCAGUUCUGCUGCCCAGCCGCCGACGCCGAGCAGAAGCCGGCCUGCUCCGACCUGGCCUCCCACAGUGAUGGCUCCUGCGCCCAGGCCGGUGGGGGCAUGGAGGACUCCGUGGUGGCAGCGGCGGCGGUGGCAGCCGGCAGACCCAGUGCCCAUGCCCCGAAGGCUCAAGCCCAGGAGCUGCAGGAGGAGGAGGAGCGGCCGGGGGCAGGAGCUGCCUCCCCAAGGGCUGGCCCCCAGCACAUGGCCUCCCCCGGCCGGCAGCAGCCUGCCCUGGCGACCGCGCUGUGCUCCCACACCCCUGCCGCCUCCGAUUACGAACUCUCCCUUGACCUAAAGAAUAAACAGAUUGAAAUGCUAGAACAUAAGUACGGGGGUCACCUGGUGUCCCGGCGCGCCGCUUGCACCAUCCAAACCGCCUUCCGCCAAUACCAGCUCAGCAAGAACUUUGAGAAAAUCCGCAACUCGCUUCUGGAGAGCCGCCUGCCACGGCGGAUCUCCCUGCGCAAGGUGCGCGCACCCACGGCCGAGAGCCUGGCGGCCGAGAAAGCGCUCAUGGAGGGCUACGGCCUCAUGGGGCUGCCGCUGGUGCGCGCGCCCUCCCUGCCGCCCACCUUCGCGGGCACCCUCACCGAGCUGGAGGACUCCUUCACCGAGCAGGUGCAGUCCCUGGCCAAGUCCAUCGACGACGCGCUCAGCACUUGGAGCCUCAAGACCAUGUGCUCCCUGCAGGAGACCGGCGCUUACCAGCUCCACCAGGCCCUGCAGGCGGCCGCGGGGCCCCCCGGCCUGGAGGCCGAGAUGCGGGAGCCGGAGAGCGCAGGCCCCGGGCCCGGGGAUGAGGCCGCGGAGACCCCCGGGCUGCCCCCGGGCCACAGCGGCACCCUCAUGAUGGCUUUCCGGGACGUCACGGUGCAGAUCGCCAACCAGAACAUCUCCGUGUCCUCCGCCACGGCUCUGUCCGUGGCCAACUGCCGGGGCGCCCAGACGGCCCAGGCCACAGCGGAGCCCGCGGCGGGCAAGGCCGAGCAGGGCGGGACCCCCGGGCGGGAGGCCGCGGAAGCCCCCGCAGUGGGCCGGGGGGACGCGUCCGCGGAGGACUCAUGCGCAGAGGCUGGGGCUGGGGGGGCGGUGGAUGAAGCCACAGCAGCCAAAGCAGAGGAGGAGGAGGAGGAGGAGGAGGAGGAGGCAGCAGACGUGGGGAAAGGGGCCGAGGCUGAGGCAGGCGACUUGGAGCAGCUGAGCAGCAGCAGCACGUCCACCAAGUCCGCCAAGUCAGGCUCGGAGGUGUCGGCCUCCGCCUCCAAGGACGCCCUGCAGGCCAUGAUCCUGAGCCUGCCGCGCUACCACUGCGAGAACCCCGCCAGCUGCAAGUCGCCCACGCUCUCCACCGACACCCUGCGCAAGCGACUCUACCGCAUCGGCCUCAACCUGUUCAACAUAAACCCGGACAAGGGCAUCCAGUUCCUGAUCUCCCGCGGCUUCAUCCCUGACACCCCCAUUGGUGUGGCCCAUUUCCUCCUCCAGCGAAAGGGCCUCAGCCGCCAGAUGAUUGGCGAGUUCCUGGGCAACAGCAAGAAGCAGUUCAACCGCGACGUGCUGGACUGCGUGGUGGACGAGAUGGACUUCUCCAGCAUGGAGCUGGACGAGGCCCUGCGCAAGUUUCAGGCACACAUUCGUGUGCAAGGAGAGGCCCAGAAGGUGGAGCGGCUCAUUGAGGCCUUCAGCCAGCGCUACUGCAUGUGCAAUCCCGAAGUGGUGCAGCAGUUCCACAACCCCGACACCAUCUUCAUCCUCGCCUUCGCCAUCAUCCUCCUCAACACCGACAUGUAUAGCCCCAACAUCAAGCCUGACCGGAAGAUGAUGCUGGAGGACUUCAUCCGAAACCUUCGAGGUGUGGACGAUGGCGCUGACAUCCCCAGGGAGCUGGUGGUAGGCAUCUAUGAGAGGAUACAGCAGAAGGAGCUCAAGUCCAAUGAGGACCACGUCACGUACGUCACCAAGGUGGAGAAGUCCAUCGUGGGCAUGAAGACAGUGCUGUCGGUGCCCCACCGCCGCCUGGUGUGCUGCAGCCGGCUCUUUGAGGUGACGGAUGUGAACAAGCUGCAGAAGCAGGCGGCGCAUCAGAGGGAGGUGUUCCUCUUCAAUGACCUGUUGGUGAUUCUCAAACUUUGCCCGAAAAAGAAGAGCUCCUCCACGUACACCUUCUGCAAGUCAGUUGGCCUGCUGGGCAUGCAGUUCCACCUCUUUGAGAACGAGUAUUACUCUCAUGGCAUCACACUGGUGACACCGCUCUCGGGCUCCGAGAGGAAGCAGGUGCUGCAUUUCUGUGCCCUGGGCUCGGACGAGAUGCAAAAGUUCGUGGAGGACCUGAAGGAGUCCAUUGCUGAGGUGACAGAGCUGGAGCAGAUCCGGAUAGAGUGGGAGCUGGAGAAACAGCAGGGAACAAAGACACUCUCCUUCAAGCCCAGCGGAGCCCAGGGGGACCCACAGUCAAAGCAAGGAUCGCCGACAGGUAUUAAUCAAUGCCUCCCCAGCCCGACUCACCAUUUUACCAAUUUCAAGAGAUACAAUUAAAAGUUACUGCUAGCAUGGGUAAUGCCACUGUUCCAGCACCUAAUUAAGCCGCGAGCUCUUUCUCCCCUUUCCCCAGCCUGCUGCCCUCCGAGGCUGAGCUCCCAGACUAACACAGUGGAGACGGAGCUCAUGACACCCUAGGGCCAUCCUUCCUGUGUGCCCCCAAAUCCACCUCCCCAGGAAAUGCUCACUGCUCACUGCUCCCCCAGUACUUGCUGUAUCAGAGAACCUCACAUCCCCUUCCCCAAGUCCUCCCACCCUCCAUAGCGGGGAGCUUGGGCUCCCCCGGAGAGUCACCCCUCAGGCCAGGCCCCGAACGAUCACUUCUGGGGCAGACCCUGCCCUCUUGGACGCCUGGGGCCAGGUUGGGGAACUGAGACUUGGGGGCCGGAGGGAGGGGGACUCCUCCCUGGAACAGCUGGUCCAUCUGGAAAGCUGGCCAUGGCGUGGGGAUGUGUGCAAAAGAAAAUGAGACAGAGUAGGGUGGGGCUGUCUUGGGGGCUUUCCUGGGGUAAGAGCGAUAAACCUGAAGACUGUCUGUGGUGGAGGGGAGGCUGCCCAUCUCCACGUCACAUAGCGAGGGACUGCAGAAGACCCAGCAGCAGCUGGUCCCUGCCAAACCCCCACAGUGCCACCUAUGGGAGGAGCGUGCAGCUGCCCCUACAAGCCUCGUGAGCCCUAGCCCUCUCCCACUGGGUCCUCUUGCACCCCAGUGAGUCCCAGCUCCACUCCUUUCCUGCCAGGCCUCCCGGAGCCACCAGCUGCUCAUAUAGACACCUCCCUUCCCAGCCCCUACUUCGAGCCAGAGGGAGCCCCAUUAGGUGUCUUAUUAAGGUGCCCUACCCACCAGUCUGACUAAGCCCUGGGAAGAAGCAGGACACCCCAGGGGAGCUCAGUGUCUUCUCUCUCUCCCACGGCCCUCCACCCCCCACACACCCGUGUCUGGAGGAGGCACCUUUACAAGGAGGAGCUUCCUGCCCCAGCAGCUGACAAGCCCCCAGGGUGGGUAUUCUAUUCCCCACUCCCCUCCACUCCCCAUCCUCCGCAGCUGCCCGUUCUUGAGCCUUGCAGAUAAGCACACCUGUGCCCAGCCCUCUGUUCUGUUCUGCCAGCCCUGCCCUGCCCUAGCCUGAGCUACCCAGGGAGGACAACCGACCCCACGCUCUCCUCCCUUCUGCCCUGCCUAAUGGCAUAUGGCUAUCUGCAAGGCUGCCACCCUCAGCUAGCUCCAGGGCCCCGCCAGCCUCUGCUCUCCUGCGCAGAGGGCAGCCUCGCCUCCCAUGGCCUCAGCUGGACCCCAAGCUCUCUCUCCUCUGCCCUCUCUCUGCCGUUGCUGGCCAAGCCCCUCUGGCAGGUGCUUCUCCAUCUUCUCUGAGCUGUUCUGACCUGCUGCCCAUGUUCCAUCCUCUGUCUCCCCCUUCCCCUCAUUCUUUCUUUCAUGAGCAGGGAGGUGAGAAGGGGGUCAGAGGAGAGGACAUUUUGCUGUCACUUCCUGCUUUACACUCACCACUAAAGAGAAAGGAUCCAGACUGGGAUGGGGCCGGGGGUUCAGUGGAGGGACCAGAGAGGCGAGGUAAACGGGAGGCGCAGGCUGUGGCCCAGAGCGGGCGCUGCGUGGGGAGCCUCAGGGAGAAGAAGGACUGCUCAGGGGAUCUGGACUGGGACAGCCAGACAUUUGCCUGGGGAGGGCUGCUGCCACGUCCAGGUGGAGGGAGGCAGAUGAGCACAAGCCUGUCCUGGCUGUCUCAGGCCCCGUGUCUCCUGGGGAGGAAUUCAGAACACAAGCAGGAGGGGGAGGAGCGCGUGCCCUCCAGCAGCUUCUGCCUGAGUGAGGACCCUGGAGGGAUCCCCAGAGGCAGGUGGGCCCCAGCCAUGCUCUGUACCUGCCGUGUCUUGGAAGGACGGUGAGGGGCUCAGGGAACCUUGGUUUGUUUAGGGGGAGGACCUCAGGCCUGGAAAAUGUGCUGAGGUUGGAGGCUGAGAAGGAAGAAUAAAGCCUGCGACAUGCCGAGUGUGGCAGUUGGGCUCAUGAAUAUUGAGGGGACAGACAAAGGCCUGGGGAGCCUCAGGAGGGAAGUUGCCCCACUGGGAGUACACAGGUCCGGGAAAGGGUGUCCCCGAACUGCACCUGCAGCCAAAAAACAGGAUGACGAAAUGCUGGUUUAGGGUUCCGGGGUCGUUUUGGGCUGGGCCAGCUGGGUCUAGGCCUGGGAUGAGGUACCUCCCCUGCAGCUUCCGUUUCCCCCUCGGUGCUCUGAGCACCGGCCCCAGGUGGUGCUGCCCGAGGACAGAUGGCAGCCCAAUAGGAAGAUCCUCAGAGAGGAGGAGGGUCUCAGCCUCCCCCAGAGGACCCAGGUGUUUGGAGGGGAUUGUGGGGUGUCAUAGCCAUGGGCAGGGGAGCUUGAGGGUGGAACGGUGUGAGGAGUUAAAUCCUCCUCCUUCCAGAAUCCUCUAGCCUCCCUUCCACCCAUCUCCUCCACCUCCCGCUGCUAGCAAGGAGAGGCCAGGCUAGUUCACAGUGACCUCCAUGUCUGAGGGCGGAGGCUCAUGCCCCGCCUUGGGGAUCAAGGUUGGAGCCCUCUCUGGGGAUCCCCUACUGCAGCCAGGCAAGUUAACCAGGACCUGGCUUGGGCCAGAAUGACAGCUGGGGAGCUGACUCUGCCUCGGCUAUUUGGGCUGCUCUCGAAUGCAGGGUCACGGCCUUGGGGAGUCUGGGAGGACAGGUAGGUCCAGAUCACCCUUUGGCAUUCUGGGGUUUAAGCCUCUAUGAUGUCAACGGUACCAGUGAUUCUUCCUCUAUAACAAGGCUGGAGGGAACAGAGAGAUAUGAAAGGCUCAAAAAUGCUUGGCCCUGUCCCUGGGUCUGCCCUCCUUUGCCUCAACACACUCCUAGGAGGUGGGGAGGGGCAAAGACUAUGGCCCCUGCUUUCAAGCUCAGAGUGUGGUGGAAAAGGUGAGGAGGAGUUUUCCCAUGGCCUAGGGACACCCAACAGCUCCGUGAAGUCAGGCGGCAGAGGAAUGCAGAGCCCAUCUUACAGAUGGAGAGACUGAGGCCACAGAGCGACGCCGCUCACAGUCAGUGGCAGGACAUGCCAGCCUCUCGACUCCUCUCUCCCUCCUGGGCAAAAGCCAGAGUCAGAACCCAGUCUUCUUGCGGGUAGAGAGAUGGAGAGAGGGUCAGAGUGAGGGCUGAGAGUGGGCGGGAGGCCAGGGGAAGCUCAGGGCAGCCUGUCCUCGCAGCUGGGAAUUAGUCUUGUAACAUUUCAUGCUUCUCUGGCUGUUU